CGACGGGGGCAGGCUGUGUAAAGUGCCCCGUCCGCUGGCGCCAGAAGAGAGAGUACACCCAUGGCGAGGUGUUGCGUGUGUUAGCGUCGCCUGUGUGGUUGUGAAUCGCGUAGAAGAUUGGUAGAUUGAUCGAAUAUUAUCUCUUGUGGUCAGGGAAGAGGAAGGUUAACAGAUAACGACUAGAAGGAUGUAGAUAAACGUAGAUAAGAGGAAUUAACAGGAAAGUAAGUCUGUGAUAUAAAUAUCGAUAUGCAUGUAUGAUAAAGGUGAUAUUCAAAGGUGUGUUUUUUACUGAUUCGGAUCAAGUUCACCAAAAAGAGUUGCGGAAAGUGUUUUAUGUAAAAAGGAGGAAAAGUGUUGUGAUUUCUAGCAUAUCAGUCUAACUCAUAACGAUAUAAUCACCGAAUCGAUAUAGAUAACUAAACAUCCGGCUGUGUGUUUUUUUUUUCGGUCUUCCAAAUCAGUUGCAAGAAGACAUAUGGAAACCUUGUAGCAGAAAUGUCGAUGAAUUAUGACGCGGGCGAUACUUUGUCCGAAAGCGUAAAAAUGGCUUCCCAUGACACUCUUCCACAUAUAUGACACCCGAAUAACUGCGACGAAGUGGGUGUUAUAGUUACUGUUUUGUUUUACGAACUGUGUUUUACGAUUAUUACCUCCGAGAGAAUGGGAUAAACAGGUGUGCGUUUGCAUUUGUUUUUUUGUAUUUGCCGUGCUUUUAUGAUCUGCAUAUCAUCGUGCCAUUCACAUAUCGUAUCUAUAUGUAUAUAAGCUUUGGCUAGGACUUCGAAGCCUUCGUAGAAAGCGCAGGCGCAGCAAGCUCGUUAUUCGCUCUCAAAGACACCCCGAAAACAUAUCGAAGAUGCCGGUCUCGCCCUAUCUCACGCAGAACAGCUACGCCACCCGGCCCUACGUCAGGAGUAACUCCAGCAACUACGUCUCGCCCUCGUACACCACGCCCAAGUACGGCGAGGUGGGGUCGAGCGCCACCCUCGGCAGGACGAGGCUGACCUCGGGGGACGUCGCGGGAGGCUACGGGAGGUCCAAGUACAGCAUCCCCGAGAACGAGCCUUCGAGCGGCAUCUACGACCUGUCCAAGUACUCGUCGGGGGCGGCCGGGGGCUUCUCGGCCGGGAACUACCUGGCGAGGUACAAGUCGUCCGAUAACAUUCCCGACGCCGGGAGCAAGGGCCUCUUCGGCGACAGCAAGAUCAAGAAGUCCCCUUCGUCGUCGAGCUUCCUCUCCGGAAACACGGCCAGCCUCCUGAAGAGCCUCAACGCCCCCGAGUCGAAGCCGCCGCCGGCCAAGUCGAGGUUCACGGCCCUGCGGAGGACGAGUCCGGUCGAGCGCAAGUUCGCCGGGAAGGCCGGGGGAGGCACCUACGCCGACCACUACCUGGCCAAGAUCAACAAGGGGCGGGAGCGGCCGCGGGAGAUCGACACGAGGGACAUCAACACGACGCAGAAGCCGAAGCUGCCGACGGGGUACAAGGCCGACGCGAACAGGGAGGACGGCGGCUCCAUCUCGCGCAACCGGCCGCUGGUCCGCCUCACCACCAAGCGCGAGAAGGAGAAGUCCCCCGAGAGCCACUUCAAGGUCAAGGAGAAGACCAUCAAGACCAUCGCGCAGAGACUCAUCGAGAAGUACACCGAGCCGGAGAAGAAGGACAAGAAGCCCGACCCCUACGAGUAUGUUCCGACGCGGAGAAGAUUCCAGGUGGAGACCAGCAGCGCCGCCGACAGUAGCGGAAUUCCCCCCGCCGCCGCCUCCUCGCCCGCCCGCGGCUCCUCCAUUUCCUCGGGCGUCGAUACGAGUCGCGUCCCCAAAGACGAGGCAACUUCCCCAACUUCCCCGCCGGAACCUCGCGAGGCCCAGCCGGUAAUGGAAAACCCACAAAGUUCUAAUCGGGAAGAAGAGGAAGAAGAUAUUGCUGCGAGGCUCCUGAGGGCGACGACGGCGGCCGAGACGAAGAAGGAGCUGCAGAGCGCCGAGGAAGUGAAGGACGCUAUCAUCGCCGCCGUCCUUCACCCUGACGUUGACAUCGAGUCGGACGAGGAGAUGAAGGAGCUGGUCCAGAACGAGGACGGAAGCUGGAAGAAGAAGAGGAGGGAGAAGAAGCCGUCGCUCAUCCCGAAGGACCUGAGCGGGGACGAAGGCGGGAAGAGCGACGACGGGAAAGGCAAGACGAUCGUGGUUCAGCUCAAAAGAUUCAUCGAGAGAAACCCGAGCAAGAAGCGGUCGUCAGCUAAGACUUCCAGGAGCGCCUCGAGGAAGUCAAAAAGUUCUGACAAGGAGGACGAGAGAAGUCUCCUUUCGCCUGAGCUCGUUUUGGGCAAAAAAGGCUCGAGCAGAGACAGGAAGUCGAAGAAGAAAUCCGAGAGGAAAGAGGAUGACUCGAUAAACAAGGACUCACUUCUCUCUCCUGAUUUACUUUUGAGUCGCAAAAAAUCGGAGGAGAGCAACGAACCCUCGCAGGACGAAGAAAAGGAGAGAAGCGAGAAAGAAGCAGAAGCGAAAAACGACAAAGAAUCCGUGGCGGCGGAAAAAGCGAGCACGAAGAAGCCGAAAUCGAAAAAGAAAGUGAAGAAAGCCACGCUGAAAGAGGAAGCAGUUAAAGCUACGUCGUCGAGAGGCUCUCAGGGCGAGGCUCCAUCAGGCCCGACUCUUGAGAAACAAUCUGUGACGGAGAAAAAAGACCCUGAGUCCAAGGAGAUACCUGAGACAAGCGCUUUAAGUCAGCCAGGGGGAAGGCAAGACGAGGAAAAAACGUUGAUCAAACCAGGUAUUGAGUUCCCUGAGCAGACGCUGGGGAAAGCGGAGGAGACGGAGGAGGAAAAGAGAGAAUCGUCGAGCAAAGUUUCGGGAAUACCGAGAUGGAAAGGCGGGGAGACGGCGAGGAAACAUGUCGAGGACACGAAGGAAGAGAGAGAAGAAAAUCUAAAACAUGAGGAACCAGACAAGGACACAGAGAGCGAAAACAAGACAAGCGCAGAGAAACCCCUCGACCUUCCCCUCUCGACAGAAACUGACACUGUACAAAGCCAAGAACCCGUGUCGUCUCCAGAGGAACUUCCAAAGAAGAGAGCUUUGAAACGCCCUCGUCAGGUUGGCCCGGCCGUCCCGCCAGAGAAGCCCGUCGGCAACCAGUUCCUCGAAGCUCGCAAGAUCCUCAAACGGCCAGUGAAGACCGCAGCAAAUGCCGUGAAGGAGGAGGCGCCGCAGGAGGUCCCGACGAUCAAGGUGUGGAAGAAGCCCGUGGCGCAGCUGCUGCCCCAGAAGCAGGGCGACCAGUUCCUCCAGGCCAGAAGCGGUCUCAAGAAGCCAGUGAAGGCGAAGGAGGACGAUAAGGAGGAGAAGAAAGAGGAGAAGCCUUCGGAGGUCAAGCCUAAGAAGCUGGUCAAGAAGCCAGCGGCGACGAAGGAAGAAGCGGAGGUCAAGGGGGACCAGCAAGAACCUCGCGCUCGGCCGCUCAGGAAGCAGAGACCUUCAGGAAGCAGGUCAGCCUCGUCCUCCUCCGACGAAGAGAGCACAGCGAGAACCAAGAAGCAGGAGAAGACCAAACGGCCUCUGAAGCCCCGCCCGAAGCCGAGCAGGUCCGCCAGCAGGUCCCUCAGCAGGUCGCCGAGUCCUCCAAGAUCGAAGGGUGACAGAUCGAAGUCCCAGAGCUCCUUGAAGCCGCCGAACACCGAGGUAACCUCGCCGGACGGAAAGACGUCGGCCAAGUCCUCGAAACACUCGGGAAAAGAGGCUGAAGAAGAGGCGACCGAAUCCUCGACGCUCGCCUCCAGCCGCAGCAAGACGAGCGACGAAGCGCAAAAACCUGAAGGGGAAGAGGCCUCUCGAACGCCCUCCGCCAAGACCACAGACACUCCCAAGACGUCCUCAGAGACCCCGGCCGGCGGAGAAAAAGCUUCCUCGGGGAAGAAGGCAUCCGGGGGCGACCGGACCUCGACGCGAUCGGGCGCUGGCACGAACGGCUCUCUCGGAAAGGACCCGAAGCUGAGUGCCUUCCAGUCGGCCGAUUCCGGGUACGGGUCCAGCCCCAGCACGCCCCAGCCCACGCCCACGCCCGUCAUCCCCGACGCUAAGGACGAGGAGACAUGCACGGUAUGCGGGACCAAUUGCCACAAGAAGUGCGAGAGGCAAAUGCCCAACCUUUGCGGCGUCAACCAAAAGCUUUUGGCGGAAGCUUUAUCUUCAGUCAAGAAAGGAGGAAGCACGGACGGAACGACUCGAACACUCCCUUCUUCGACCAAGGGCUCCGUAUCCGGGUCCGAAACCGAGACCACAGAGGAAGAGACGGAAACGGACACGGACAGUGACAUCUUCGGCCCCCCCGAGAUCCGGUCGCCCCUCCAGACGCGGCCGAAGUUCAAGCGGUACAACAUCAGUGACUUCAACUUCAUCAAAGUGCUCGGCAAGGGAAGUUACGGCAAGGUCAUGCUAGCGCAGCAGAAGGACACCGAGAACUACUUCGCCGUCAAGUGUCUGAAGAAGGAUGUGGUUCUGGAGGACAACGACGUAGAAUGCACUUUGAUCGAGCGGAAGGUCCUGAGUCUCGGGACUAAGCAUCCCUAUCUGUGCCAUCUUUUCUGCACUUUCCAGACGCCGUCUCACCUGUUCUUCGUGAUGGAGUACCUGACGGGGGGAGACCUCAUGUUCCACAUACAGCACUGCGGCCGCUUCGACGAGUUCCGCGCCUGCUUCUACGCCGCUGAGAUCACGUCGGGCCUCAAAUUCCUGCAUGGAAAGGGCAUCAUCUACAGAGACCUGAAGCUUGACAACAUCCUGCUAGACUAUCAGGGACACAUUCGCAUUGCAGACUUUGGCAUGUGCAAGCUACAAGUGUAUCUGGACAGAUACGCUGACACUUUCUGUGGCACCCCUGACUACAUGGCACCUGAGGUGAUCAAGGGGCAGCACUACAAUCAAUGCGUGGACUGGUGGAGCUUCGGCGUCCUCCUCUACGAGAUGCUGACGGGGAAGUCGCCCUUCAAGGGAUGCGACGAGGACCACCUUUUCUGGCUCAUCUGCAACGAAGAACCCUUCUACCCGAAGUUCCUGUCGCGGGAGGCUACCAGUAUACUGAAGCAGUUGCUGGACAAGGACUCCACGAGGCGCCUGGGCAUUCCCUUCAGCCCCUACGGCGAGAUCAAGGUCCACCCUUUCUUCAAGUACAUCGACUGGAACAAGAUCGAGGUGAAGGGAGUCGAGACGCCGUACAAGCCCCGAUUGAGACACAUUCUGGACGUGCAGUACUUCGACCCGCUGUUCACCAAGCGACAGGCGGCCAUCACGCCGCUGGACGAGAGCAUCCUGUCGACGAUGGACCAAACCGCCUUCAAGGACUUUUCUUACACGAACCCCAACAUCACUGACUGAGUCUUCGCCGGGAUGGAUGGCUUCGAAUUUGUCUUGUGUCUCUCUUAAGAAAGGAAUAGAGGGCGGAGAGUAGCCAUUAAGUUGUUGUUUUUUCUUUUUUUUGGGUUUGCCCCCCCCCUUUUUUUUUAGAAGAUGAAGGGGGAAAAAAAGGAAUUAUAUAGAAAAGAGGGGGAGAUAAUCUUGUCUUAAUGGAUGCCGAUGGCCCUCUCUCUCUCUCUCUCUCUCUCUCUCUCUCUCUCUCUCUCUCUCUCUCUCUUUCUCUCUCUUUUUCCCUCGCGGUGCCGUCUGAGAAGGUCGGCGCUUAGGAUGACCUUAAGUGUCUUCUAGAGUUUUCUUAUUUUCUUCUUUCAGCAUACGCAUUUUCUUAUCGUUAUCGGUUGGAAGUUGUCAAAGGGGGGGGGGGAGAGAACGUAACAACUUUUAAUGAUGUUCGAGAUGAAACUUGAACGUUGUUUCAUUACUUCUUACGCUUGAGUUCCUAGUUAUUUACUAUCUGAUUCGUUAUGUUUCGGUUACGAUUCUUUCCACUUUUGGACUAAUGAACUGUUAUUCUGUGAGAAUAGAGCAAGGAGUUUCGUUUCGUGUCGAGGAUCAGGCUGGACCAGCGCGUCUCUCCUCACUCGCCAGGGCCUCCCGCUUGUACAAAACGAGCCACUGAUUCAUGGAAUGGUGCCCUGCAUUCGAAAUCUCAUACUUUUGAUCCAAACCGGAGACACAUUUCCGAAGACUCGCUCGAGAACAGUCUGAAUCCGCUUCGAGUUCCUGGAGUUUCGGUUCUGUCGUAACAGAGGCCUUUGGAAAAAAAAAAAAA